AUGACCCAAAGCCUUCAUUAUAAUAUGCCCCCAGCCAUAGAAUUUCACCCAGGACUCUUAGGUAAAACAGAAGAGUGGAAGGACAAUGAGUGGAACAAAUGGCUAGGGAAUAUUGAAGUAGAAUGGAAUGAAUUUUAUAAUACCAUAGAAAACGAAAAGAUGAAAUGGCUAGUUGGAAAGGAAAAGGAUUGGAAUGACUUUAUAAAAUUUAUGGAAUCAAAAUGGAUGCAUUAUCAUGAAAAUUUAGAAAAUAUAAAAUCAGAUAUUUUGAAAAAAUCUUUAACAUUAGAUGAAAAUGAAUGGAAAGAAUGGAUGACAACAGAAGGAAAAGAGUUAAUGGAAAAAGAUUGGAAAAACUGGAUUAAUGACAAUGAAUCAUAUUUAGAUGUAUGGAGUGUCAAAGAAUGGCUAAAGUGGAAAAAUCAAAGAAUUGUUACGUGGAUUAUGACUGACUGGAAAUGUGAAGAAGAUAAAUACUGGUCGAAAUGGGAAGAAAGUUGGGCCAGAUCAGUAAAUUUACAAGAUAGAGCUAAUUGGCUAAAUUGGAGAGAAAGACUUAAUAAAGAAAUGGUUCAGUGGAAUAGUUGGGUUAUGAAUAAAGAACAGUAUAUUAGAGAAAAUAGAUCUAAUAAUUGGUCUAAAUGGAAAAAUGAUAAACAAAUUAUGUUUAACCUAUGGAUGGAGUCUUUUAUUAAUUCAUGGAUAAGAGAAAAACAAUGGUUUAUAUGGGUUAAAGAGAGAAACCACCAUUUUUCUCGAGCAAAGUAUGUAACGUAUAAGUAA